AGUAGCAGCCUCAGCUUCAAAAGCACAAACACGCUCGCAAAACAAAGGAAGACCGUCCUCGACCGCGGAGGAAGCAGGAAGCUGCCGGCCCUGUUCGGGGCCGCGGCCGGCUGGGGACGGCGGCAUGGAGUCGGUGGCCCUGUACAGCUUCCAGGCCACGGAGAGUGACGAGCUGGCCUUCAACAAGGGGGACACACUCAAGAUCCUGAACAUGGAAGACGACCAGAACUGGUACAAGGCCGAGCUGCGGGGUGCCGAGGGCUUCGUCCCCAAGAACUACAUCCGUGUCAAGCCCCACCCGUGGUACUCGGGCAGGAUUUCCCGGCAGCUGGCGGAAGAGAUUCUGAUGAAGCGGAACCACGCGGGAGCCUUCCUGAUCCGGGAGAGUGAGAGCUCCCCAGGGGAGUUCUCCAUCUCUGUGAACCACCCCGGGCCUGCUUUGCCCAGGCCCAGUUUGACUUCUUGGCCCAGGACCCUUCCCAGCUCAGCUUCCGCCGUGGGGACAUCAUCGAGGUCCUGGAGCGCCUCGACCCCUGCUGGUGGCGCGGCCGACUCUGCGGGCGCGCAGGCUUCUUCCCGCGGAGCUACGUCCAGCCGGUGCACCUGUGACCAGGGCAGCCCGGGGCGGAGCCGGCAGACCGUUCGUCCAGCAGCCACUAAGGUCCAGAGAGAGGACUCAGGCACCCCCGACCCAGGGCCUUGGCCUGGAACAUGGGCCUCCCGACUGCCUGACGGGCCUCCUGUGCCUCACGCCAACUGAGACAGGCCCAGCGCCCCAGAACCCAAGGGCCGAGGGGAGCUCCUGGGCCUCCCGUCGGCCUCUUCCCAUUGGCUGCCAGCCAUGUGAUGUCACAGCGUGCCGGCAGGACCCGCCCACUGCAGCCAUCAAGCCCCCAUCCCCUGGGAGGGCUGGUUCCACCCACUGGGGACUCAACCCAAGGAACCAAGGGCUGGGUGGGUGGGUUCACCUUGGGCUGGCCACCUGCUGGGCCUGGCCGGGGCCCCUCCCUCCAAAGGCCCCAAAGGCUGGCUCUGGGGGAGGCGGCCAGGGCCCUGCACACUUGUUGACUUGGACUCGCUGGACAGACUCUAGGUGGAGACUGAUCUCUUGGCAGCCCCAUGGAGACACUGGGCUCCACGGGGGCACCUAACACCCUUGCCCACCAAAAGACGCUGUGGGGAGCGUCUGGAGGCCCUGAGGAAGGGCGGGCAGAGGGGAGAGAAACAGAGGCAGCUGCUCCCGUCCCGCUGGCCACACGGGAUGGACAAGUAGCCGCCUGGGAGACGCGGCCACCCUGCUCGUAUUUGUUCGGGCCCAGGUUCUACCCAGACUAGGCCCUAGGGAGCUACGGGGGGCACUUUGGGCCAGGUGGGAAGCUGAGGCCAGACCUGGGCUUCCAGCUCCAGACCAGGGUGGGCAGCCUAGGUGGGGCCCGGCUUGAGGAAAGGCAGGUGUCCACAAGGAAGGUGCCUCCAGCAGGGGCUAUAAGCAGGCUCCCGGGGGCCUUGGGACACAGGUAGACAGAAGGGGCUCGGAAAGGGCUUUGAGUGGAGGAGGUUGAACAGAGAGGGAGACACAGAAGGCUCCCUGCAGCUGGGAGCAGGCGGGGCCAGGGAGGAGCCCUGGAGGGGCUGCUGGGGGGCUCUCCCUCCGCCCAGGGCCGGCCUGAGCCCCUCAAGCCUUGGGCUCUGACAGACGGCGCUGCUCCUGACCUGGGCCCGCGAUCUCAAAAUGACAACAGCAAAGGAGCACAGGAUGUUCAUCAGAAAUCUCAUUUUUCUUUUCAAUUACAACUACUAUUUUUGAAG